AUGCAGACGGCACCGAGCCUGAAACUGCUACCAGAAAGUGCCCGCAUCACUUGUACAGAGUACAAAGGGCUGAUCGACAAGGGGGAACCUCACGUGCUGUUGGAUGUACGGCCUGCUCAUCAUUUCCAAAUAGUUUCACUUUCCCGGUCUCUGAACAUACCACUCUCCGAUCUGGAGGAGAAGCUGCCUAUGCUCGAGACCUCAAUGAAGGAAACCUUGGAUGCCUCCGCCGUCUCAGAUAAACAGCCUUCCUUGUACGUCGUCUGCAGAAGAGGCAACGACUCACAGAGCGCUGUCCAGCUUCUCCGCGAGAAGGGCUUUCACUCCGCCAAGGACAUAGUCGGUGGCCUGCAGUCUUGGGCACAUGACGUCGAUCCUGAUUUCCCCGCAUACUAG